ACAAUGAAAACACAUAAGUGACUAAUACACAAUAAACAUAUAAACCGAGCUCUGUUGGCAAGGUUAAGUUUAAUUCAAAAGCAUUGCGAAUCAACCAUUAUACUGCUCCCUCCUUGUUGCCAUUCACAUUCAAGUAACAUAUUUCAUGUCCUAAUGACAUUAAUGUCAUGUGUUAAGUCCCCCCACAUAUUUCCAACAAAACAUUUUUUCUUCUUAGCAAAGGUCUGACCUCCCCCAUUCAUUUUAUCUAGCUACAUAAUAACCGAGGAGAGGUCUUGACGUGCCUUGGUCUAUACCGAGGAGAUGGGCUGCAUCUUCAGAAGACGCAUUUUUCGUACCACCUUCUAACUUUAAGGGGGCUUUUUAGCUUUUGGUUUGCUUUCCGUUUCUGGAAAAAAUCUGAAUCAUUUUAUAACCAACGCCAGUUGUUGCACAAGUCUAUGCAUGCGUGCGCGGGCGUGUGAGUGUGCGUGUAUUCGUUUGUAUGAGGAAGAGGGAAAGAGUGUUCGAGUAUCUGAUCGCGUUGCUCUCCAAAAAGGAAAGAAAGAAAGUGGGGGGAACGCUUGGACUUAAUUUUCUUCCCGAAACUUUUUUUUUUUUUUUUUUUUUAGGAAUGAACGCAGAGACGUGCGUUUCAUUCUGUGAGAUGACAUCCAUGGAUUCAUAUUAUAGCGCAUCUGCACCGCAAGGAAGGGAUCACCAGGCGAACCCUUUCAGGACAUUCCAGGCGAGUGACACCAAAUACAGCCCCGCUUUCCUGACCCACAAAGGUCAGGCGUACGGGGAAAGAUCUGGGAGCCCGUUCCAGCAGGAAUGCCAGUCAUUGGAUGCCACUGCUGGGGAAGGCACCUUUAACAAAUACCACCUCUUCAUGCAGAAGUCCUCCGGCAAAACUCCCCCAGACAGCAGCAAACUCCAGCAGGAAAGCGGACACAACGGAGGACUCAUCGCGUGUUAUGGUAAGGAGAGCACAGGGCUGACAGAUUCUGAGUUGCCCCAAAACAGUGAUCCUGCAGGGAUGGAUGGCAGCUACCUCAGCGUAAAGGAGUCAGGAGUGAAAAGCCCUCAGCAGUCAAACUCAGAAUUGGCUUCUCCAUUGGACAAGGCUGAGGGAGAGAGCAACAAGGGCAAGAAAAGACGCAACCGUACCACCUUCACAAGCUAUCAGCUAGAGGAGCUGGAGAAAGUCUUUCAGAAAACACACUAUCCCGAUGUCUACGCCCGGGAACAACUCGCACUGAGGACUGACCUGACAGAAGCUCGAGUACAGGUGUGGUUUCAAAACCGCAGAGCCAAGUGGCGGAAGAGAGAGCGGUUCGGACAGAUGCAGCAGGUCCGGACACAUUUUUCCACGGCCUAUGAACUGCCCCUUCUAACUCGGCCUGAGAACUACGCUCAGAUUCAGAACCCUUCUUGGAUAGGCAGCAGUAGUGCAUCAUCUCCGGUCCCUGGCUGCGUCGUACCCUGCGACUCAGUCACUUCCUGCAUGCCUCCACAUCCACACGCUGCUAGCGGAGUGUCUGACUUCUUGGGGGUGCCCAGUCCUGGAGGUCACAUGGGACAGGCACACAUGGGCAGCUUGUUUGGGAGUCCAGGCAUGAGCACUGGCAUUAAUGGGUAUGAUCUAAACAUGGACCCCGACCGGAAAUCCUCCAGCAUCGCGACACUGCGAAUGAAAGCUAAAGAACACAGUGCAGCCAUCUCUUGGGCUACAUGACAUUAUCUCUGAAGUCCGUCAACAAACAAGAGAAGGAUGAUCAAAUGUGAACACGAGUUAGCCACAAAAGCAUGAACUGGGAAAAAGGAGUGCGUGGACUGACAAAGAAAAUAAGUAAUAGAGAUACCGGGAGAUUUAUUUGGAUUUGAAGUCUAUAGAGACAAGAGAAAAAUCAGAGAUCAUAAAACUGAUAAUGUUCUGGCUUUAAAACAAGAAAGAAAUAAAAAGACAGAAACUUGACAUCUGAAUGCAUGAAAGAAUUAAACGAAUAAAAAAUGAAUAGGGGGGAAAAAAAACUGCACUUAUCCGCCACUAGUGUCCUAUUUGUAAACAUAUAUCAAUUUAUCUAAAGGCAUCUGGCUUCGUUUUCAUCUCAGCAUGAUCAAAACCUGUUCAAUUCCUGUUCUGUCACGGGCUCCUAUUCUAAAUAUGCCAUCUCUGCCUAGACAGUUCCAAAGGGACUGAAAAUAGAGUUUCUCACAGUAUAAAAACUUUCCCACUGCAGCCUUUAUCCAAACAUAUAUGCAGUAAUUGGGGUAAAUUGGACUUCCCAUAUAAAACCUGACAAAAUCCCACACUGAUCACUCCAACAUGGAUUAGUUUGUUCAUAUUAAUUCAGUUAUCAGCUAUUUAGGAUAAGUACUACACUUGCCACGGUCUAAAAAGGGAUCAAACACUUGAAAAAGCCUGUUGGGAGCUGCGCAUCAGGCAUGAUAGACUUAAGAGGGCUUGGAGGUGCCAGAUAUCAGCCGAAAAAGACAGGCAUAACUCUCUUGCAGGUAACUAGGCACUCCAAGGAGGUUUUCACUUGCUUUGAUGAAUUGUGUGCCCCAGUACCAGCAGUCCCCGGAAAAAAAGAUAAGAGCAAUCUGCUAGUGCAAUCCCAAUGUGAUAGUUAAUCACCAUCAAAUUACAGGUGGUGGUCUCUGUCCACAUUGCAAUCUAUCUUUCUCUUCUUAGCUACCACAUUUAAAAAAAAAAAUUUGGAAGAAAAAUUUGUUCUAAAGCUUUUUGGAUAAAAUAUGACAGCAUCAUUCUCUGAGUCACAAAUCUUGGAUCCAUCAUACAAGCCGUCAAAUUGAAUGUCAAACAUAACUAAGAACUACAGAGAAUGAAGGAUGCAAAAACAGGCUGCCAACACUUUCUUUUUUUGCAUUAUGAAUAUCAUGAUACGCUUUAAUUUUUUUCAGUGAAUGUUGCCGUCUGAAAUUUGAGCCAUGCUUUAUUCAUUUUUUUUGGCAGAAGUCCUCAUUGCAGUAUCUAAAAAGAAACUAUUAAUUUGCCAAUCUGUGCAACAUCCUCUAGGGCUUUGAUUGGGUGGAAGCAAUGCUGGGUUUUUGCAUACAAUCACUGACAUUGCCAUGCACGGAGGUGACAGAAAUAUCAAGCAUGCACUAUUGCAAGGUACUAUCAUUCUGAUUCUCCAAAGUCAGAUUUAGGUCAGGUAAAACAUAGAAAGCGGUUUGAAAUAUGGAGAUGAAUCGGAUACGUUCUGCCCUUUGGAGAAGCCAUUUCUAAUUUGUAAUGAAAACCACAUUUCCUUUCCUUCAUUCUGCGGUGCAGCUUAUCUAGAUCCCUGGAGAUACUUAGAUAUAGACACACACACACACAACUUUUUUUUAUUAUAAUACCAGAGCAGUGACACAACAUGGAAUCGUGUAUCAAGCUCCGUUUUAGAAUGACAGAAAACUAGGCUUCCAAAACUCAAAAAUAUACUAUGCUUUGGAUAAAAUAUCAUAUAAUAAUCACCUUGUAAAUGAACCUCAUUGUCAAAAGUUAAUUAGAGAUCACCUGCUUACUGCUGCUCAGUCUCGUGACUCAUGGCCCAGAUAUGAAAUGAAAAGUGUAAGGGCCUUCAUUUUGAGCCAUGCUUCUUUAAUUUUUUGGCAGAAGUGUCCACUGCAUCUUAUCACUUUACCUACCAAGGGACCUGCCAAAAAAGUUAGUGAUAAAAUGUUAAUGUGCUUUUCAUUAUGACUAAAACCAGCACUGAAUCCAUCCAUCAGAGCAGCAGUCCAAACACCAAUCCUCAUUGAGAGACAUGAGUUCUGGCAGUGCAGAAUUAGAAGUCCUGACGCUCUUACUUUGGCCUUUAAGAGGUUGCGGAGCGGGUGAAGUGACUAUAGUGUUCCGGUGUUCUGGGAAAGGACAAUCCACACAGCUGUGUGCAGAGUAAAUGCAAAACAAACAUGCCUUGCACAUGCUUCCCCUUCAGCUGUCAUGGCUCUUCUUUCAAAGCCCCAUGCUGAACAGGGUCUGGCCUACUACCCCAGCCAAAGCAUUAGCCUUCA